CAACUCUUGAAAUUACUUCAAAAUUCACGAAAGCGAAGAUGGAAUCGCGAUAUUGUCGUAUUUGUCUCACGGCAGUUGGUGUAAAUAUUAGUAUUCACGAAUCCGUGAACAAAACAGCAACGCUGCUAGACGUAUUGCACAGAAUUUGUCCCCCGGCAUUCGCUAGGAAUGAAAAUCAACAAUGGCCCACAAAAAUAUGCAACGAAUGCAAAGGCAUGAUUAUAGCAGCAAACGAGCUAUAUGAACUUUGCAUGACCAGUGUUGAGUGUUUGACGGUGCUGUUUCCAACAUUCUCUGCAAAUGCGCCAAAGGAAGGCUUAGAAACGGACAAUGAUUCAAAGGGCUUCACGAACGCGACCAAUAUGUCAGUACACGAGAAGGGCAUUUUCGAUAUAUACCCUACUUUGUUUGAAGAAACAGUAGAAAUCAACGAACAAAUGGAUGCAUUGAUUUAUUCCGCGGUGUUUGAUGAUACGGAAAAUACAACAAACGAUCCUGUGGGCGAUUCGCUGGCUAGAACAGCCGUAGAGCAGAAAAAGAGAACUUAUAUCCGACGGAAACCUGCUGUCAGCAAACGAAUCGAAGCAAACGCAAAUGUAUCUGACACCACGAGCUGCUUAGUUAUCUCUGAAGAAAUUAUAAAACUGGAUCACACAUAUUCCUGCGAGCAUUCUCCUUCAUCGGAUGAGUCAGAAUAUGGAAUAGAAGCGCUACCGUAUACAAAUGUUUUCAGCAAUGAAAAGUCGCCGCCAACAGAAUCUGCAAAUCAUCUAUGUCCAUUUUGUGAACGGGUGAUCACUUUUUCAAAACACCUCGAUUUAAUUGAGCAUUUGGAAACGGUGCACACAGAUUGCAUUCAUUCUUGUGAUCCAUGCCGUAUGGUUUUUGUUGCCCUAGAAAGCUUUGAAAGACACAAAAAAAGACAUGCAAAGGAACUACAUUUUUUUUGCACUGUCUGCGAGAAAGGGUUCGCUAGCUCAAAAGCUCGAGACAGACAUGUUCCGGUUCACAAGUACUCUUCUCUAUGCGAAGCUUGCGGAACAACAUUGCCUGACUAUUUCGAACUUAUGGAUCACAUCAAAACCAACCACCCAAAUUUGAACAAACCAUUUGCCUGUAAAAUUUGUCCAUCCAAAUUCUCCAGCCAGUCUUGUUUGGAUCAUCAUCUAAUUACGCACACGGAAAAUAAAAGAUUUGGUUGUGAUGUUUGCGGUAAGCGCUUUACAUCAAAAAGUUUCUUGAGAUAUCAUAAACGUUUCAUCCACGAAAACCUCCGCCCAUUCAAAUGUGAUGUUUGUGGCAAAGGGUUCGGUUAUACUGCUUCACUCAAGGUACACGUUCAAAGUCACACCGGUGAAAAACCGUACCCAUGCUAUUUUUGCAAGCAUGAGUACAGGCACUUCACCGAUUUAAAAUUACAUUUGAGGAAACAUAUCGGUGACAAAAUCUAUCCAUGCCAUCUCUGUGAAGCAUCUUUUAAACUGAAGAACACUCUACGAGAUCAUUACAAAGAACACUCUCACGGAGAUUCUCCUUGGGCGGAACGUGAUUUUCAGUUUACGCUGCCUUAUCUCUUGCGUUUGCGCUACGCUGGAAAGAGUUGUGAACCUACCCCGGUUAGUGAGUGAGUUAGUUUUUUAACAGAGAAGAUAUUUGCUAAUGAAUAAAA